UCUAACUUAUCGACGAGCAUAAUUCCGUUCGAGCAGCCUCCGAAGUUUCUCGUCGGGGGCGACGCAAGGUGCGCAUUGUUUUGAUAUAUAUAUCAUCGGCGAUCGCCGUCGGCACGUCACAAACUCACAAGUCAUAACCAGUCACGACUCACAGUGCGUACAAGUGCGUACUGUGUGUUGGUGCGUACUGGUGCGUAACUCGAUGCGCGUUCGCGAGUGAUCGGAAUCCAUCCGCCGUGCCAUUGGCAACAUUUUCACCGUCGUGGAAGAAAGUCCUCCGAAACAAGGUGGACGGGUGGCAUCUUCUACUCGGGAGGGAGAAAGGGGUGAAACGAGAAAAAGGAGCGUAAGGGAAACGGAGCGCAUCCCUCCCGCGAGAGCGAGCGAGCGGAAAGGAAGGGAACGAGGGAAAGAUAGGAUCAUUCGUGACGUGACGAGUCUCACGUCCGCUGCGUGAUCGGCUACCGCGUGACAUGAGAGCCGCACACACCGACAAUAAUACAACUGCCGGGACGGCAACGAGGGUGGGCGCGAGAGAGUGAGCAACGAUGUACUGCACGACGCUCGGGAGAUGCUUUUGCAGGAGGGACGCGGUGAGGGCCCUGAGUACCGGCGAGGUGUCCACCGCGUUGCGGCCCUUCUAUUUCACCGUUCAUCCCGACCUGUUCGGCCAGUAUCCCACGCAGAGGGUAAGGAUUGGCCUGAACCCUCAGACGAAUGCUCGCUACUCUGGAAUGAGUGUCAUACCACAGUGAAUGAAAACUCUCUGAAACAAUUGAGUUCAAUCUUGGAAACUCUGCAACAGAAGCGACCUAUACGACCGACCAUCUUGCCCUUUUAUCUGCGAUCAAAAGAAGGAAAAGACGUGAAGGCAGGUAAAUUCACGCUUGUUAAAAUACAGUUGGAAGAAAAGGAUUUGAGACAAACGAUACUUUCCAUUUUGAAAACAUGCAAUUUACCUACAACAUUCGUCGACAAAAUCGAGGAGCCAAAGCCUUCUGUCACAAAGCACAAAUCCAGAUUUUGGCAACGCACAUAUUCUGGAGAAAGGGUAGACUUUUCGGAAUUGGAAGAUGAUCCUAUUUACGCGUCGAUUAUUAUGAAACGCAAGAUUAAUACGGAACCCGAUACAUUGAAAGCAUAUCUGGACAAACACAUCAAUGAAGUACAUGUUAAACUGGAGGCAUGUAGACCAGUGAGAGAGGAGGUUGAGAAACUAGAAAGAGUAUUAUGCAGUGAAUUGGGUUUAAAAGAUAUCGUAUGGGACUGUGGUUGGAAUAUCGCUCAUUAUCGUGGUUGCUUAUUGGCCUUUCAAGCAUUGGCUGAGCAUCAUCCAGAAUCGAUGGAGGUAUUAAGGAAUCGCACUCUCGUGUUUGCAAACGACACUGGUAUUAGUUUGGAAGGCAAUGUUAUGCUAAAUUCUGGGGAAGUCAGGCAUAAUUGGCUCGACCUAAUAAAGAAUGUAAGAAAACACGAUGCGGUAUUGUUGAAAUUGCCGGCGUUUGAAAAGGCAGUAUCUCAAGUGCUCCUCGACAUUAAAGUCGGUCGACGGGUGCUCUAUAUGUGCAGGAAAUUCAUGCCUAAGGUAAUGGUUGGCCAGUAUGAGCAACAGCUGCGACAACUUACAACCACGCUCUCGGAUUAUCGUGGCAAAAGAAAAUACCCAAAUUCUUGGCCGGCCAGUCUAUCGGCGUACGAAAUCGUCAUCGAAGCCGAAGCAGGUCCUUUAAUGUUGUCGCCGACCGGACAAUUCAUCGUGCCAUCGUCGUGUCCGAGCUUUCUCUUGGUGAAUUUUAUUACGGAAAACUUGGAGGAAGCGACGAAAAGAUUGUUUCAUUAUAAUAACAUAAAGCAUGUAGAGCGAGAACUUCAUCGUAAGACCAUCAAGGAAUUGGGUUUAGCUGCUCUUAACAAGGAUGACAGCAUCACUCCUGAUCUAAUGAUACAGUGCUGCGAACGAUUGCUUUUGCACAAAAAGGAUCUAGCACCGGCGCUCGAAGGUGUAAUGCUCUGGGUUACUCAUUAUUAUUCCGUUAUGAGUGACGGCGUUCUUUGUGUGCCAUGGGAUUGGAAAUUCUAACUUUCGACGAAAUGUGUUAACGACUAUUGUUAAUUCACUCGCGUAAACGCAAACGCCAAUAAUCACGACAAUGCAAAUAAGUUUUACAAGUCCCGAGAUUCGUAAGAUACAGUAGCAAUUUAGGAUGGACGCAUAAGAUGAAUUAUUAUGAUAAACUAACAUUAUAAUAGUUAUACUAUAUUAAAAUAAUUAUUCUGUGUCACACAGUUUGAAUAUUAUUAAUUUGAAAACGAAUAUAUAUUAUGUUAAUGUUGUCUCUAACUUUGUGAGAGGAAUUGUGACGCAUUGUGAAAAAUGACUUUCUUGCGUGAUUCUUUUUAAGUAAGAUAAAACAAAACAGGUAAAUAUGUAAACUAGGACUGUUGAUUCUUGACAUCAAAAUAAUUACUAGUCUUGCGUAAGUUCUAGUUUAACUUAAGGGACUCGAUGUUACGUGCUGUAGACAACUGUAUACAUAUAUAUAUUUUUUUAAUUCGAUUCUAUACUGAUACAAUUGUAAAUUAGAAGUUAUCGAUUAUGUCCAAUCGACAAAGGACAAAAUUAAAUCAGAUUUCGCAAUAAUUGACGUUUAUACACA